AUGGCUGCUAAAAUUUGCAUUCUUUUAUCCUUCAGUUUGAGUAUUUUAGAUUCUGUUUUGUGUGUUCUUGGCCUCUCCCGUUCAACUCAACAACUACCACUAUCAGCGCCAUCACUAUCAUUUCCUCGUGAUUCAUACCGCAUGUCACUCCCAAUCUACCCUCUAUUCACAAGGAAAACCCAAUUUAAAGACUUGGAUUCUUUAUUGAUAGCUAGACUCCGAGAUGACGCAGCUCGGGUGAAAUCAAUAGAUGCUAUAAUGAACAUGUACAAAACGAGGAAGGUAUAUGACAUUCCUGUUUCCUCCGGAUAUGUUUUGUACAAUGGAGAUACAUUUCAGUACGUUACUUUAGUUGGAGUGGGUCAACCAAGUCAGUAUUUUUACUUCAUACUCGACACUGGUAGUGACCUUAAUUGGGUCUAUUCGGAUCUCUGCAACGUUUGUGGACACGACUUAUUCUAUAGGAAUAUGUCAUCCACCUACAAAGAGAUCUCAUGUUAUAUGGAGCAAUGCCAAUAUGUCAGAUACCACACGUGUUUGUACCAAUCAUGCUAUUACGCUUUGCGAUACGGUGACGGUGCAUCCGCGGCCGGGAUUUUGAGUCUGGAAAAGUUAUCCUUUGGUAUCAACUCUUUCAACAAUCUACUGAUCGGGGCUACUAGAAGAGCCCAGGAUAUAGCUGUCACACCUGGGUUGUUAGGGCUCAGUCGGGGCAAGCUUUCCCUAGUCUCGCAGCUCAAUGCAAGCUCAUUCUCUUACUGCCUCGUACAACACUCUUCGACAGCAUCAUCGACUCUAGACUUUAAUACCUCCAUACUACCCGGCUCAGAUAUCACUGCAUUACUUCCUCAUGAUAUCUUCUACCAAGUCACACUGACAUUAAUCAGUGUGAACCGGCAGCAGAUUCCCGUCGUAUCCGGAAGAUACGACGGAAAGAUGAAUAUUGACUCAGGAACUAUAGUGACUCGUUUGCCGAGUCGCAUUUACUAUCAGUUUAGAGAUGCAUUUAUUCAGACUUCUCGGGGCUUUUCAAAUCGAAUUAGCUAUGACGGUUUUGACACAUGUUAUGAGUUUUAUCAUGUUGUAGACCCAAUUUUCCCACUCGUGUGGCUUCAUUUUGGCAAGACUAUACUGCGAUUAGGUCCAGCAAAUGUUUUUGUGGAGCUUCCUUUGAGACUUUCCUUCCAACCAAUGCAACUCCUAUACUAG